UUGCAAUUUGUGCUUGUUUUUAUUUUUUUGUCAUUUUUCUCCAUGCGGACAUGCCUCGCUGCUUCACCCGUGCCUGCACCCGGCAACGCAGGUGCGGUCUCGCCGGCGGGCAUGGGUGAGGCCAUGCCAUUGAAGGCAAGAAUAGAAGGGAAAGGUUUGAACCUGACCGAACCAAAUGCGAUAGUGGACGGAAGUGACAGAAUGAGAGACGUCCGUAACGAGACAAAGAUUGCCAAUGUGACGGGGGUGACACUCGACAAAGAAGAAAGAGAGAUGGUGGUUGAAGCUACUAAGAAGGCAGACAAGGUGCCCAAGAAUAAGACAAAGUGGCCGACGCAUCCCACGUUCGGUCAACGAAAAAUCGUAAAAACCACCCCGCAGCUGCGAGUGUACAUUGAGGAGAUGGCAUUGAACGAAGGAGGAGAGGGAGAUAGAGAGGGGAGAAAAGCACGGGAAGGAGGGGGUGCUGGCACAACGGAGGCGGGAGGAGGGGCAUUGCCAAGCGUAGAUAGACAAGGGGACCGGAAGGAAGAUGUUCAAGAGGGAACCGAGCAAGCGGCUAUGGUGGUCAUCGAGGAGCUGGAGCUGUCUGAGGAGGAGAAGAAAUGGAUAAACUUUCACAAAGUAUACUGGAAAGAUUUGUCUGGAAAGAUUGUAGACCAGAUAGUGAGCAUUUGUGUCGCAUGUAGCGACCCCACCCUCUUUCAUCGUGCAGUGCACGACAAAGAGCUGUGCGAGAGCCAAAGUUCGAGUCCAAGUCGUCGAGGUUUCGUCCAAUGUUCCAAUGAACAUUAUCCUCUCAAUAGAUGUGAGAAGAUUCAACGAGAUCUUCUUGCUAAACUUAAUGCCACAUCGAGAGAGGGGAAUGUAUUCUCGCAUGACGUGCAUCACCCCUGGCCGUUUCGCAUGCCCCAUCUUGUGAAGAUUCGAAAUGCGUACGUGUCAACUACCGGACACAUUUACAAUGACGAUAUGGUUUACGAUCCACGUGGCGGGUGCACACGAGCCGUCGACUCUGUCAUUCGACCUGAGCUGGCGAGAACUCGCCGGCACUUCAAGAAGGUGUUUGUCGCGGAUCACGUCUUUCCUGGCAUCCACCACGAGCUUGCAGAGAUGGCUGCUCAGCUGAUGAGCUACUACCCACAAUUAAUGGGGGACAAAUCGAUCAUGAUUCACACAACAGGGGAGGGGACGCCGCCACCAGGGGUGCCCAAGGAGGAGGGAGGAUGUUGGCCGAAGCAGUCUGCCAUACGCUUGAUCGACUUUCUGGGCUUCAAUGGUUCGAGGCUUGUGGCUGGUGAUGUGUAUGCCGACGAAGUCAUCGUAACACACAUGUACUGCUGGUUCAUGGACUGGACUUUCCGAAUUUAUGGCAAACGAUUAGGUAGAUUAAUGACUACCAUUGCAGCACAGGCAGCGCAACGUCCGCAGAAUCGAUCUGGAGAAGCGGAGACGAGUCAUGGCUCAGCAACCAGUAGUAGUUACCUCACUACGGGGGGCGGCAAAAUGGAGCAGAAGCCUGCAGGUCCAGGGGAUAACACAACUGCCAAUAGUACUAACAACACGGCAGCCGACAAAAAGGAGCCACCUUUUCUUCUUCCUGCAACGUCCGGUGGUAGUAAUUCCUCCGCUAUGAAAGAGGAAGUGGACCCCCUCCUUCCUCCUGUGGGCCAAGGGACGAUUCUUGUGAUUAAGCGCAGCGGUAGGCGAAGGAUCAAGAACCAUGACGAACUCGUUGACGCCUUGAGGAAGGCACUGGAUGAAGGAGGAGAAGAAGAAGGAACAGGAAGCGAUGGAGGUCAUGAAGAUCAUAUUAACGGUACCGGAAUCAUAAGAACGGAUAGGGAAAGGAGAGACGGGGGUAGCUCGCUGGCCUCAAAUGUCUCCUCCGCUUCCUCCUCUCCGUCCCCCUACUCCUCCUUCGGCCGUCGAAGAAUCUUGGAGAUUUAUGAUGAUAACCUUGUCAGGGAUAUGGGUGAAAUAUGGCGGCUUUUCAUGAGGGCCGAUAUUGUCAUAGCUCCGCAUGGUGCCGGUCUCACUAAUGCUCUUGCGAGUAGAGACGGCACAGCCAUCUAUGAAAUUCUCCUGCCCUUCCACCUUAACUGGGAAGGUUCUUCUCUUUGCUUGUGCUAUAGAGAUAUGUGCUCCAUCCUUGGUCUCCAUUACUAUAGUGAUCUACCGACGAAAAUCGAGCUGGACAGAUUUGAAUUCGAUGAGGAGCAAAGCAGGUGGGUACCCCAGCCCCUUGCGAUGAUCAUCGAUGUGCCUAAGACAAUUGCAAAUGUGAGGCAGAUAUUCAAAGAGAGGGGUUGGAAAUUCCCUUAAUUUCUGAAUUUCAAUGCAUCCCAUCAUCUCUAUUCACCUC